UUUGAAAGAGCCCAGAGUUUGAUGAUGUCUUAACAUCCUCGAUCUUCAUUUGAACCAAUGAAAUCGAAAUAAAAUCCAUGUACGUUACACGCCUCAUAAAACUCACUGUCACGUUACGUAAAAUUUAUUACCACGUGAAAUGAACCAUUGAUCUGAUCUCGGGAUUAGCUCUCUAAAUGAACCAUGAAUUUCAAGUACCAGCACCGUCUCAAAUUUCAUAAAAUGUACGUCGCAUCGCAUCGAGUGAUGAUAAAACACGACUAAUUGUACCUAUUAUUACCGUUGGUGACGAGUUGAAUUUCGAAUACUUGUAAAAUUCGUUGAAAUUAUUCUACCAAAAAAUUAUUCGCGUCAAAUUAUAAAAAUGGUGUCAAAUUCCGUACUAGCAGUCUAUAACUGUAUGUCAUCUUCAAACCAAUCAGACCACCAAACCGGUGACUUGGAGAAGCCACCACCAUGCGAUAAAAAUCCAACGAAGGAAGAAUCCUCACAAGACUACGACCCUCAUUCGUUCGGUAAUGAACAUUAUCCUUCCUUUUUCUGGGGAACGGCAUUCAACAUGUUUAAAAGCAUCCUCGGAACUGGUAUGUUAGCUUUGCCAUUCGCUGUCAAAAGCGUCGGAUACGGCGUCGCAAUCGUCGGUAUUUUUUUGGGAGGAUGCAUUUACACUCACGCUGUACAUCUGUUAAUGGAAGUCGAAUACGAACUUUGCAAGAAACUCAAGACGCCCAAUCUAACAUUCCUGGGUAUUGUCACAAAUACUUUCGAGCAAGGACCACGCAGUGUUCGUAAAUUCAUUCCUGUCGCUAAAUUCCUGACUUAUUUCCAUUACGUAUUCGACAAAUCCAUCACAAAUUCCAUAUACUUGAUCACAAUCGGUGGAAAUAUGCAGAUUAUCAUCAAUCAUUUCUGCAAUGUUGAUUUAAACAUCGUGUCUGCAAUCUCCGCUAUAAUGAUUGUUAUAAUACCGUUGUCUUUAAUUCGCAAUUUGAAAUUCCUGGCACCUUUUUCAACCCUGACCAGCGUGUUUUGCGUGAUCAACGUAAUUUUGAUCGUGUCCAUUCCAACGGAUUACGACAGUUCAUCGGAUCUCAAAGCGAUCGCGGAUAUCACCAAGUUCCCCGAUUUUUUCGGAUUGUCUUUGGGAGCUUUCAUGUGCACUUCGAUAGUAGUACCUUUGAAGAACAACAUGAGGUAUCCGAAAACAUUCACAAGCUCUUUUGGCGUCGUCAACGUCACAUUAUCAGCUGUUGUAGUGCUCUACUGUAUCUUCGGAUGUUUGGGGUAUUUGAAAUAUGGCGACAGUCUUCAAGGAAACAUUCUUUCCAAUUUACCUCCGGAUAGUCUGCUUACGCUCGUUGUUCUGAAUCUGUACACGUUUUCUGUUUGCAUCUCGUUUAUAUUAAUGUUGUUCACGAUAUUCGAUACAAUAUGGAGUAACUUAUUCGUAAAUCGUAAAAUGAGUCAUCCGAUAAUGGCGGAGUAUGCUUUGAGAAUGUUUAUAUGCAUUACAGCUUACUGCCUCGCGGUUAUUUUACCUGAUUUUAAAAUAAUGGCUAGUUUAUCAGGAGUUAUGGGCACCUUAAUGGAGGAAACUAUGCCCAUCCUUUUGCAUACAUUGAUGGUGUUCCAGAAGAAAAAGAAAACUGCAAGAGUAUAUUUGUGCUUGUUGAAAGAUCUCAUACUACUUUCAAUAUGUUCGUUUUUAUUUUUCGCUGCUUUAAUUCAAGUUAUUCGAAGUAUUGUUAAGUUUUAUAGCUGAAUUAAUUUAUGUUUUUUCAUUAUUAUUAUUAUUAUUAUUAUUUUUUUAAUACUUUUUGUAAAACGGUUUUGAUUUUCUUGCAAAAGUAAAUCGAUGA